AUAUGUAUCAGUGAGAAGUGAGAUGGCAGAAGAAUGUGGAGAAGUGAAGUUUUUUGGGUCAGGAGGAAGCCCAUAUGCUCGAAGGGUUCAGAUAGCUUUGAAGCUGAAAGGAGUUGAGUACAAACACUUCGAAGAAGACAUCAGGAACAAAAGCGAACUGCUUCUCAAAUACAAUCCUGUCCACAAGAAGGUGCCAGUUCUGGUUCACAAUGACAACCCCAUAGCCGAGUCCCUCAUCAUCCUUGAGUACAUCGAUGAGACUUGGAAAACUCACCCCAUCCUCCCUCUCCACCCUUAUCACAGAGCCCUCGCUCGCUUCUGGUCAAGGUUCAUCGAUGAUAAGGUGCUGCCAGCGAUACAGGAAGCAGCAUGGACAGUGAAGGAAAAGGAAAGGGAAAAGGCCAUUGAAGAGGCAAGAGAAGGUCUGGGAUAUCUGGAGAAGGAGCUGAAAGGCAAGUUCUUUGGUGGCGACGCAAUAGGAAUAGUGGACAUAGCAGCAUCCUACAUAGCAUUCUGGCUGCCAUUAGUGGAAGAAGCAACUGCUCUGAAACUGCUGAGCCAUGACAAGUUUCCAAAGCUGCAUCGAUGGAGUCAGGAGUUUUGCAGCCACCCUGUGGUAAGGGACAACCUUCCUCCUCCUGCAAGACUCCUGGCUUUCUUCAAGGCUCGCUAUGCUGCCAUUGCUGCUUCUAAAUAAGAUGCAACGUUGGAACUGAUGAUGCUGUUCUCUGCCUCUUGGAGUUUUAUGUCCUUAAUAUAAUAAAGCUGUAUUAUGUACCCUUUCCAUGUAUUAGCCUCUUAGAGAGUUUCAUUCAAUAAUAAAAAUUUCAUCCAUUUCACUAA